AUGGGUGUCAAGAACCUCUGGCGGGUGGUAGAGCCGACUGGGCGGCGUGUACCGCUCGAGGCGCUGUCGAACCAGCGGCUGGCUAUCGAUACCUCGAUCUGGCUGGCGCAGUUCAUGUCAGCCAUGCGGGAUGCAGAUGGCGAGCCGCUGCCCAACGCGCAUCUGCUUGGCAUGUUCCGCCGCAUCUGCAAGCUGCUCUUUGUCCGCAUCAAGCCGGUCUUUGUCUUUGAUGGCGCUACGCCGGCGCUCAAGCGGAGGACCGUGGCAGAGCGCGCGCGGCGCCGCCGCGCCGCCGAGUCCGCUGUGUCCGUGCCUGCGGCCCAGGCUGCGCGCAAGCUGCUCAAGCAGCAGAUUGCGUCGGCAGCUGCAAAGUCGGCUGGCGCCAAGGCUGCCGGAUUCACGUCGCGAUCCGGUGGCACUGCAGGUGUCGCGGCGCCGAGAAGCACGCAGGCCGCCUCUGUAGACACCGAGUCGGACGAAGAGGACGAGGAAGAGGACGAGGAGGAGCUCCAGCGUGCGCUGGAGGCGCUGGAUGUUCCAAUGGAUUUGAGCGCGUUGGAUAUGGAGGUCUUCAAGUCGCUCCCGCCGCAGCUCCAGCGGCGGGUCCUGCGCGCCAUGAAGCGCAAGCGCUGGAUCAACCGUGCCCACCGGUACGAGCGGCUGCAGGAGCUUGCUCCGACGUCAGACGCGUUCUCGCUGUACCAGAUUGACUCGUUGGUCAACAAGCACGACAUCACCGCAAAGAUGCAAGAAGCUAACAAGGCGCUGGAGAAGCAGGUCGACGUCGUGCUGGACCAUGUCGACGACGACGAUCUUGCGCCGCCGGCGCAGACCGAGCAAGCCGGCAUGGCCUCGAUCGAUGUCGGCUCGCACGGCGUUAUCUCGGUCCCUGCCCACAAGAUUAUGUCUGACGCCUCGCAAUACUACAUCCUCGCCGAGCUUCCGUCUUCAUCCACUCGCGGGUGA